GAGCGCAUGUGCGCGCGCCGGCUCGCGCGCGAGCCCGUCCAGUACAUCCUCGGCGAUUGGGACUUCAUGGACCUCACGCUCGAGGUGCGGCCGCCGGUGCUCAUCCCGCGGCCGGAGACGGAGGGGCUGGUAGAGCUGGUGGCGCAGGCGCACGGCGACGCGGCCGCCUUCCUCGACGUCGGCUGCGGCACCGGCGCCAUCGGCCUCGCGCUCCUCAGCAGGCUGCCCGCCGCCCGCUGCGUCGGGAUCGACGUCAGCGCUAGCGCGGCUGCGCUCGCGGCACGCAACGCGGAGCUGUGCGGGCUGGACGACCGGUAUUCGGCAGCCGCUGUCGACGGCGGGGUGGCGGCGUGGCGCCCAUCCGACCAGCGCUUCGACGUCGUGGUGAGCAACCCGCCGUACAUCCCUCGGGCCGACUACGAGCAGCUCGAGCCCGAGGUGGCAGGCCACGAGGACGAGCGCGCGCUCUGCGGCGGCGACGAUGGCCUCGACGUCGUGCGGGAAGUGCUGCUGGCGGCGCCGCGGCUGCUGCGGCAAGGCGGUCCGCGCGCGGUGUGGCUCGAGGUGGACCCGUCCCACCCGCCCCUGAUCGAGGCGUGGCUGCGCGACGCGCGGCCCGACCUGGGCAUGGAGCUCGCUCGAGCGGAAUGGGACGUGUUUGGCCGGCUGCGGUUCUGCGAGGUGCGGUGGCGAGGUGGUGUUGAGUGAUGUUCUUGUGCGUUGUGGGCGAAUCGUGCUAAACGUCUGAUCUCUGUUACUGUCAUGGCACACGACAAUUCUCGCUGUGACUGACAAACUUACUAGUUAGGC